AUGCUCGCCAAGCUCAUUUUCGCUAUGGCCAUUGCGGCUGCAGGUUCCACGUAUACCGAGUAUCCGAAUUUGAGAUUCGACGACAACAGUCCCUGGAUUUACAAGAUGACCUCUGGACUGAGAGACUACUCUGUGCCAAACGCUGCGGGUCUCUUUCUCAACACUUGUCGCGUCAACUAUGCGCAGACAAGUGGCUCGAAUGGCAGCUUCGGUCCUUAUCAUGGAAAGAUAGCUCUGUUCUGUCGUACGCCGACGUCGGGUAGUGAUGAUCCGCGCGACCUCACGGGCGAAGUCAUUGAUUACAUCAACAAGCAUGUGCGCGAGCCCGGCACGGAGGAGUGGAAGAUUGAGAGCACACCGAAGGAGAGCGGCUGA